UGACCAUUGAUUGGUGCAUUGUAUACCUGAACGGUAUCUGAUUGGUGCUUGUCAUGUCGAAUCAUACGAAAACGGUAAGAUCACUCGAGCAUCAUGGUGGUGAUCCAGCGCAUGAUCCAACAUCUUCGCGCCCGCGUCAGGCUGCCUCCGUCGGCCACAUCCCAUUUCAUUCCUCGGUCGUCAAGGAACAGUGUUGAGACUCCUCGCUCCCGUCGGGUGUCGGUGACGCGAGCUGCUGGCGUCGUGGCAGUUAUGGGCUUGCUGUACGACCAAGCCACACUCAUGGAGCCAAGACCGUUGACGCUGGAUCGUAAGACAACGCGCCUCGUACCCGUGCAAAUGCGUAAGCGCACGUCGAAGGCGGACUCUCCGCUCCUCGUGUCAGCUUCUGCUGUCCGAGGUGAUCGACCGACGAUGGAGGAUGCACUGUUCAUCGCACCAAACCGCCGUUUCACAGCGGUCUUUGACGGCCACGGCGGCGCCGACGUGUCUUCGUAUCUAAAGGCGAAUCUGUACGACCAUAUUUUGGCUAAUCUCGGGCCAGCUAAGGACACGUGGAAUCUCGACGAGAUUGAGACGAGCUUGAGGGACGCAUUCCGCACAGUUGACGCUGUCAUUCUCGAACGGCGCGAGUGGAUCGCGCAAGGAUCGACAGCGACUGCAGUGCUUCUUAUGGACGACUUGAUAUGGAGCAUGAACGUUGGGGACUCCCGCGCAGUGUUGUGUCGCAAUGGCCGAGCCGUCAACCUAACGCGGGACCACAAACCUAACGACCCCAUGGAGCGGUCUCGAGUCGAGAAAGCUGGCGGUCGCGUUCAAUGGCACGGACUUCGCGACCCCCAUGGCCGCCCGAUCGUCGACAUGGGUGCCUAUCGAAUCAAUUCAAACUUGGCAGUUGCCCGGGCCUUUGGCGACGGCGACCAGCGACCGUACGUGUCGGGAGAGAUGGAACUCAAAUGCUUUCGACGUGACCCGAGCGACAAGUUUAUUGUUGUUGCGUCUGAUGGGCUAUGGGACGUCUUUACCAGCGCCGAGGUGAGCAUAUCGCGGGCUCGUCGGAAAUAUAGUGGUCAUGAUGGGCACGAUCGUGUCUCUGGCAAGGUUGUCAUGUUUGUUCGAGAUGUCCUGGCGGGCGAAGUGGGUAGUCGCGAGUCGUGGCGAAGCGGCAGCCACGCAGAAACGAGCGUUGAGUUGUUUGAGUGGCGCCAAAUGUACAAGAACGACAGCGACAUGAUUCAGGCAGCUCUCGCGACGAGAAAAGAGCAAAUGGCGAAGUACCUAACUCAGGAAGCGCUCUUCCGAGGCACGGCCGAUAACGUGGCGGUCGUCGUGAUUUGGCUCGACAAAGUCAAGUAGUUUUCAGAUUCAAAUUGGUAUACAACGUGUCUCGAUCUUGCUCCCAAUUAGAUCUGUAACGACAUGCAUCGAGGCGACGCGCGCCCUUUGCACGGGGUAGAGAAUGACCACGCAUAUUUGGUGGUCAAUAG